CAGUGGCUUCUCACGUCAUCCGCCCACUACUACUUCUGCUGCCUUGUUUCAGACGGCCUCAAUUACCGACUUUCGUACUAUUCUACAUAUGCAACUUGCAUGAAUUAGAGGCCUCCCUCCAUAGCAGGAAUUUACGAUGGGAAACGUUCAGUCUGGCGCUACACUCACGCGCACAACUGGCGCGUUGGACUCUUUCAUCUCAGAGCUCGGGGGAGACAUUAUCUACGAGAAAAGUCUCGGGUCUGCUCGUUUCCUGAAAACGAUCAAGUGUCGGCACAAGAAUGGGUAUCUAGUAGUCAAGGUUUUCAUCAAACCUGACCCGGGAGUAACAUUGAGAUCUUAUACGAGGCGAUUGAAGGUGGAAAGGGAAGAAUUGUUGAACAUUGUCAACGUAUAUAAUUACCAAUCCUUCGUGGAGACAGACAAAGCGGGCUACAUCAUCAGACAAUGGAUAGCAAGUAAUCUCUAUGACCGAAUAAGUACGCGCCCUUUCUUGAGCACCAUCGAGAAGAAAUGGAUCACAUUUCAAGUCUUGACUGGACUUCGAGAUGCUCGGAAUCGAAAGAUCUCACAUGGCGAUAUCAAGUCCGAAAACAUCCUCGUUACAUCUUGGAACUGGGUUUAUCUGUCGGAUUUUGCACUCUACAAGCCAGUCUAUCUUCCACUCGAUGACCCUUCCGACUUUUCAUUUUUCUUUGAUACUUCUGGGCGAAGAACGUGUUAUAUUGCGCCUGAGCGCUUUUUCACCGCUUCAAGUAACCCCGAAAUCACCGCCAAGAAGUCCAGACUUGCAAUGGAAGACAAUGAAGGGAAAAGAGAUGGCAAGAUUACGGAGGCGAUGGACUGUUUUAGUGUCGGAUGUGUCAUAGCUGAAUUAUUCUUGGAGGGCGCACCAUUAUUCACUCUCAGUCAACUGUUCAAGUACAGAGACGGCGAAUACAAUGUUGAUGCUCCCCUGAAUGCUAUCGAGGACGAGGAAGUUCGAAAAAUGAUUAAGCAAAUGAUCAGCCUUGAUCCCUCUGAGCGGCCCACUUUCGACAGUCUCUUACACACCACUCGAGGGAAAGUUUUCCCAGAAUGUUUCUUCAGCUUUUUGCACAACUACGUUUCAUCUGUCAACGAACUUCCUACCCCUCCACCUUUCGUAGGUACGGCAACCACUGCAACUCCGAACACGGCCGCUGUCUCUAGUUCCAACACGAGGCCGGUUGCGUUACACAAUGGUUCGUCCUCCGGGUCUAGCGAAACCUUGCCGAGCGACUCGGACCAUCGAUUAGAGAGGUUAUGGGCGGAUUUCGAAAGCGUAGAGCCGUACAUUACCGCAGUGACGGUAGAAAAUCCUUCCAUGGAUGUCAAGGUUGAUUAUACUUCGUCUGCAAGUACUGCAAGACCUUUUCAAGAUGUUCUCCCCAUCGAACUGCAUAUACCUAAUCGCGACUCUAAACUUACGGGCGUCCUUCAGCCAGCACCACGGGCAACAAUGGAUGGACCGGCAUUGAUUAUAUUAGCACUUGUUUCGGCCAAUUUGCGAAACUGUUCCCUACCGAGCUCAAAACUUCGUGCACUGGACAUUUUUCUUGCCCUUUGCCCUCAUCUCACGGAUGAGGCAAAAUUGGAUCGGAUGGUUCCUUAUCUUAUCGAACUGUUACAUGAUGACGCUGCUCCCGUUCGUAUGGCUGCUAUUCGAACUCUAGUUCAAGUGCUGAUGCUGGUUACGGUGAUCACUCCAUCAAAUGCCGCCAUCUUCUCGGAGUAUAUAAUACCCAACAUCAAAUAUCUAGUGCAGGACCCGGAAGUGUCCGUCCGUUGCACUUAUGCACAGUGCCUUGUGCAGAUCGCGGAUACAGCAGUUCGAUAUCUAGAGAUGGGGCAGGCCUUGAAGGCCCAUGGUUCGUUCAAGCUUUUAGCUGAAGCGCAGGAGUAUGAUAUCGCGCACUACGAGGUCUCCUAUGAUGCCAGUAUGCAAGACUUGCAGAACAACAUACAAGAGCAUCUAUCUGCCUUACUCAUGGACCCAUCGAGUAUCGUCAAACGCGCAGUUUUGCACGACAUAUCAUACCUUUGCAUCUUUUUACGAAAGCAGACGAACGACGUGAUAUUGAGCCACAUGAUUACUUAUCUUAACGAUCGGGACUGGCUCCUCAGACUGGCGUUCUUUGAGAGCAUCGUUGAUGUGGCUGCCUGUGCUGGCGGAAGAAGUUUGGAAGAGUACAUUCUGCCUCUGAUGAUCCAGGCUUUGUCGGACGUGGAAGAGACCGUUGUGGCGAAAGUCUUAACCGCUUUGACAAGUUUGUGCGAGCUGGGGCUUUUCCAGAAGAUGCGCAUCUGGGAGCUCAUGAGUGCGACACUAGGUUUCCUCUACCACCCUAAUAACUGGAUAAGGCAAGGUGCUGCCGCGUUCAUCGCCUCUGCUGCGAAGCAUUUGCCUGCAAGUGAUGUUUGGUGCAUCUUGUAUCCUUCGCUCCGCCACUUCCUCAAGUCGGAUAUUGCAGUCAUAGACGAACAAAGUCUAUUGAUGGCAUUGAAACCUCCCCUCCCAAGACAAAUUUUUGAUGGUGCAGUCCAAUGGGCUCAGAAAGCCGAUAAAGCCAGCUUCUGGAGAGGACCGAAGCGGGCGUCCAAUCGAACAGAAUCGCCGAAAGCAAGUGUUACCUCUAUUCGUAGGACUGGGACUUCCAUCACGAGAAACAUGUCUGAAGAGGAUGAAGCGCAUGUGUCGAAGCUUCAGCAAUUAGGUAUGACCACCAAUGAAGAACCUAAGCUUUUAGCGAUGAGGGAAUAUAUUCUGAAACUGGCAAAUGCUCUAUCAAGUUUCGCCUCUCGUUCAAGCCUAGAACCAGAUACUGACAAGUAUCUGAAGGUUACCGGCGAUAUUGAGCUGACCAAGUUGGGGGUUGUUCCUCAGACAGUUUUCCUGAAGGCAAAUACCUCUGACUAUGGAAUAAGAACGUCUAAAAGUUCAAGGAGAUCUACAGUUACUGAGUCGUUUGCUCGAUCUCCGCUUCUAUCACCCCAAAGCAAUCGAUUCUCCGUCGAUACCACACCCUCGAACGUCCCGUUUGAGGAUUUGCGUCGGAGGCUAGCGACUAUCAAUGGUUCCGCUUCAUCUUUAUCAGUUGCUCAGAUUGCACGCACACCUUCAUCACCUCUUGCCAUCCCGCCUUCUGUUAUAUCAGGCACCCCACUAUCUCCUACCGAGGAGAAGGCAGAGCGACCUGUGAGCCCCACAGAAUCAGUAAUAUCGAAUACCAACUCGACCUCCUUCCGACCCCUCAGUCGGAUGCAGGUGGGCAGUAUCGACACGCAAAAGGCAGCCCCAGCUAUAGGGUCGUCUAAGACCAACGCCCUAGGACUACUGGACUCACACACCCAUAUACGCACGGAGACAUCUCCAGAGCGAUCAGACCGCUCGUCACUCUCUGUGUCGCAGACUCUUCGCCCGGCGGCUAUCACUAUUAGACCGCGUGUACCUUCGCUAGCCCCAAUUUCUUCUUAUGAUGGACAAGACCCCGCGAUCAGUAACUUGCUUGAAAAUCUGUAUCUGGACAAUAAUCGGGAGCUUCAGAACGACUUUGGUCCUAAAAUUCAUGAAGGACCUGUUCGCAGGCGGAAUCCAGUCCGACAUAGUUUUGUUUCAAGGGACGGGAACGCAAAGAAGAUGGAGACAACGUUAAUCGCUCAUCUCAGCUCUCAUUCGGACGUGGUUAAUGGACUGGCGGUUUCACCAGAUCACAUGUUUUUCGUCUCUGCCUCUGAUGAUAAGACAGUAAAGGUUUGGGAUACUGGUCGGUUGGAGAGAAAUGUGACAAGUAAACCGAGGCAUACCUAUGGACAGCAUCAUGCUAAAGUGAAGGCUGUGUGUAUGCUCGAGAGUGCACAUUGCUUCGCAAGUGCGGCUGAUGAUGGUAGCUUACAUAUUGUGCGAGUGCAUGUAACGCAGGGAGGAACAUUGCCCAAGUAUAACAAACUUCAAGUCAUUCGGGAGCAUCGAGUCGAGAACGUUGGGGAGUAUGUUACGUCUAUGGUACAUUACAAUACGGACGCUUCGUCCAAUUUGGUAUAUGCAACGACCCACUCCGUAAUUACCAUACUUGAUCUUCGAACGAUGCGCGUACUUCAGUCCAUGGAGAAUCCACGCCACUUUGGUCCUAUCAUCUGCAUGUGCCUGGAUCGAAAACGAUCGUGGAUUCUUGUUGGAACAUCUACUGGUGUUCUUAGCUUAUGGGAUCGGAGAUUCGGGCUAUUGUUGAAAAGUUGGCAUGUAGGAGUCGCAUCGACUGGGAGGUCUGUUCGGAUACACCAAUGUGUUAUUCAUCCCUCGAAAGGGCGGGGCAAAUGGGUCAUGGUCACUGUGGAGGCAUCCAAGAAGGCUGUCAAUCUCUCCUCGAGUAUCUUGGUCGAGGUUUGGGACAUUGAAAAGUCUAUCUUGGUCGAGACGUUCGUAGUACGCCGGCCUUCGAGUUUUAGCCAGGACGGGGUAAUUGAUGAACCGCAUGAGUUGACGGGAGUUGACGCGGAUAUGAGUCCAUCUGCGGCUAUUGAUGCAUUGGUUCGUUCCCGUCAAGCCGGAGAAGAGGUGGAUAAGAGAUCGUUGAGUGGACCGAGUCAACUCAUAUCGUCGCCAUCACCUGAUGUGCGUGCCAUUACGGUUGGGAUGGAAUUUGGAGGACAUUCGUUCGCCCACCGGUCCGACUUUGCUGAUCUGAGCAUGGACUCUACGUCGUCCAGGAAUCUUUGGAAGGGGUUUAUGAUCACUGGCUCGGAGGAUCGAAAGAUUCGAUUAUGGGAUUUGGGCAAAAUCGAACGGUCGAGUGUUCUUUGUGGACUGGACGCGGAACAAGAGCGUCCAGCUUAUAGUUCCUUGACAACAGACACAGCCUGUACACAUUUAGAAACGUGGCCAACUACUGGUUCCAGCGCUCAGAGUAACAGACCACAGCAGAGGAUGUCGCUUAUCACACAUACCCAACAGGACUUGUUGAAAUCGCACCAGGAUGUCAUAACGGCCCUGGUGUGCAUUGACUCUCCCUUCCGUUGUGGGAUUGUAAGUGGGGACCGGGCAGGUGUUAUUAAAGUUUGGAGAGUUGAUGCAGGGGAAUCAUAAUUGCUUGGUGGAGUUUUGGGUUGACGGGUUAUUGAUUUAUUGUACUAUAAUUCUUUAUUAUAAAACUUGGACAAGUAAAAGUGCUUACCUGC